AUGUCGUCCGCUCCGGCUUCCUUUUACGAGCAGCUGCCGCUGCCGACGCUCGACCGUCCCUUCGGCAUCCACCUGUGGCCCAUCUUCGACAAGGCAUGGACCGCCGUCCUCGGCUACCCGACCGAUGAGUUCAAGUUUGUGCCGUUUGAGACGCCCCUGUCGACCCUCAAGUCGAGCGCCAUCUUCAUCGUCGUCUACUACAUCGUCAUCCUCGGCGGCCGCGAGCUGAUGCGCAACCGCGAGCCCUUCAAGCUCAAGACGCUGUUCCUCAUCCACAACUUCUACCUCACCGCCAUCAGCGGCAUCCUCCUGGCUCUCUUCAUUGAGCAGCUCCUGCCCACCGUCGUUCGCCAUGGCAUCUUUUACGCGAUCUGCGACCACAAUGGCGGUUGGACCCAGCCCCUGGUUGUUCUCUACUACCUCAACUACCUGACCAAGUACCUCGAGCUUCUCGACACUGUCUUCCUGUUCCUCAAGAAGAAGCCCCUGACGUUCCUCCACUGCUACCACCAUGGUGCCACCGCCCUGCUUUGCUACACCCAGCUCAUUGGCUCGACUGCCGUCUCUUGGGUCGUCAUCACGCUCAACCUGACCGUGCACGUGGUCAUGUACUGGUACUACUUCCAGAGCGCGCGCGGCGUCAAGAUCUGGUGGAAGGAGUGGGUCACUCGUCUCCAGAUCAUCCAGUUCAUCAUUGAUCUUGGCUUCGUCUACUUUGCCUCGUACACGUACUUCACCUCGACCUACUUCCAGUGGAUGCCCAACGCCGGCACGUGCGCGGGUGAGGAGUUCGCCGCGUUUUCUGGCAUUGCCAUCCUCAGCUCUUACCUGGUGCUCUUCAUCUCGUUCUACUUUGCGACGUACAAGAAGGGCGGCAAGGGAACGACCACCCGUAAGUCGCUGCGCCGCAUGAGCCAGGCUCCCCUCCCCGACCCCCUCCACAUCCAGGCGGCCGCCAACGGCACUGCCAACGGCAACGGCGCGAGCACCACCGGAGCCAAGACCAACGGCGCCACGACCCGCUCUCGCAAGGCCUAA